AUGACAUUUUUCCAGGUUGUUUGCCUCUGCGCUCUUUUUUUCGUGGCUGUUAUCGCAGAAUCCAAGAAUCCCGAAAAGGAGCUCUUUGAGCUCGCGGAUUUGGACUUCGAUAACAUGGGACCGGACAUGAGCAAACCCAUAAAUAUGGAGGUAGGUGCUUAGUCUUCUUAUUCGUAGAGAGUUUAAAUUUAAGCCUGGCUUUCAUUUAGACGUGUUGAAAUAACAGUCAAGAAAAAAAGGUAUAAUUCUUAUCAGAAUUAUACUAACUCCCCAGCACCCAUUAAAACAGGGACACCCAACGUCAGUUUUUGGAAAAUAUCUGUUCGGAAGACGAUCUGAGGUCUGGAAUUUUCGGAGCACUUGUUGUAAAAUUUCUUGCUUGCCUGCCUCUCCUAGGAUUUUCGAACAUCUAAAAAAUGGUAUAAUUGCCCAUUUUUAACGGGUUUUUACCGUAAAAAGGUCACCUAGAAUUUUCGGGAGCCUUUUAUCUCGCUGAAAUUUUCGAACAGGUAAGUUUUGAUCCCUAUAAUUUUCGUAUCACUAGACUUUCAGCUAGAAAUCCGAACAGAUGAAAAAUUUUUAGAGGGUAAAAAAUGCCUAUAUCUGCUGUUUAAAUACUAAAAUACGUUCGACAAUGCAAUGUUUAAGUGGUUUUGAACUAUAUUCUCGUUGGGUGCCCCUGUUAAAAUAGUAAAUUAAACAGCAAGCAGCAAGCUACUGUCGACAAAAGUUUUAAAAAGGAAAGGCCUGAAUAAGUCAUAAUAAACUAGACUUGAAAACAGGUGUGCUUUGCUUAGAAAACACACAAAUGUAAAGUAUUCAUGCGAUUUCACAGAAAAUUAAACACUCGAACUUUGCGUAAUAUUAAUGAUAACGAACAGCAACAUGAAUGAUCAUUAUUUAAAAUAUAUAUUGAUCGAACACGCGCCGCAAAAACUUAAGAGCACCAGCCUGUACACCUUAUAGAAAAAAAAUGAUUGGGAAUAUAUUCCUAGUUUUCAUGACUUGCAUGGUCGGACACGUUAGUCAUGGAUAUAUUCAGUUCACAGAUUAAAACCAUGGAUACAUAUUUGUAAAUUUAGCAUUUUUCAUUCUUUCAGCAUAUCAAAAAUACUCGAAACAACUGCUAAAAGAAUUUCUUUUUCUAAGAAUUUGACAACUCUUUAGAAAAAGAUCAGAUGGAAUUACAAAAUGGAUAGUUAUGGAUUCAGGGUAUCUUUUUAAUACUUAAGUAAUCAACACCCUACCUACUUGUAUUUCAAAGGCAAUCUUUUGUCACACUUUCAGAAAACUCUGUCCUACAUCCUACAUCAGUCAAUUUUUUCUAAUCGAAUAUGUAUCCAAAAAAAUCGAUAAUUUUUUUUCAAGCAGACCUUGUCAGAGAAAGGUGCAACUUCACACUGCCGCUUUUGGGUGUCGAUAUUGAUAUGUUUGGUUAGGCGAGAACUGAACGCGCGCCGCAGCGCAAGGAUCUUCGCUCGCGCGUAAUGAUGAGCACGCGCGACGUAGCUUAUGUAGACUUGCUACAAGUCGACCUCUCAUAAAUUCUUAAUAGUGAGCGAAGCGAGCUUCAGUGCAUGAGAUCGCGCAGCGAGCGACGAAUGGCAUAACCAGCCGGGAAAAAAAAUUAAGGACUUUUAGAAAGUCUAGUAACUCUUGUUGAGUUGAUUGCAUCCUUAGGUAGUACAAUCCUGUGUUUAACUCCCAUCCAUGAACUUAAAUAACCUCGACACUUUCACGUAACGUACCCGUGGUAGAAUAGUUAAUAUAAUGAAUCACCGUAGUUUGGCCAUAUAAUGCGCAGUUACACCCUACCCGAGAAAAAUGUAAACGUCGCCCCUUCUUCGGGGGCCGGGGAGUGCCACCGCAACACGCAGGCGACACAGACUAGUUCAUGUUUUAUAGAGAGGAGAAGUGUGAUGCCACGUUACCACGGUAGCACUAUUUCUGGAUGACAAGAAAACCAACGACGAGGGCGACGGCGACGGCGUAGACUGCGAUCAACCUCUCUUUUUCUGCAGCUUUAAUGAGAGGAGUGCCUGGUCAUUUGCGUGUCUCGGGCGUUUUGCUCGACGGACAAAGAAACAAGAGAGACUGGUCAUAGUCUAGCGACCGCAAGGAGAACGGCAAAAAAUAAUACGUCAACAAACAACAACUUUGAUCGUGAAUCACGCUAUUUUGUACAUUUCCUUGCCAUCGUUGCACCACUACAACAUGAAACUUCCUAAUUUCACAUGCCCACUUCAUGGAGUAGGUGAAUACAACACAAAAAUCAUGAAAUUGUGUCUUUCUUUUUCUAAACUUAGCUAACGAUAGAUACGGUCCCAAAGAAAUUUCGGCAAGAUUUGCCAAAUUAAAUGAAAUUGAAUAAGAUCGAUGAAGUUUGAAAUAGUGCGAAUAGAAUAAGUGACUUUAACGGUUUGUUGUCAUCCAAAAAUUUUGCUACCAUGGCAACGUGACGUAAGGACUUCUCCUCUCUAUUGAUGGCACUUUUUGAAAAGUUAAGCCCAACCUCGUUCCCAGGGUCUUCUCAGGGUCUUAAAAAACGAGAAGACCCUGUGGACGAAAUUGAGUAAAGUCGAAACAGUUAUUCACCGGGUUUCCCCGCGAGUAAAAGAGGCUUCAUUUUCCAGAGUUAGCCUAAAAACACGCUCUCAGAAUUGGUGGUAAUUAGCACAAAUUUAGGCAAAUAAGGAAUCUUUUUUUUUUUCUGAAAAAUAAAAUUACAUUAUGGUUAAAAGAAUUUAGUGCCAUUCAACCUAUCCUUACACAUACGUUUUGAAAUUGAUUGAUUUGAAAUCUGCGUGCUAUUAUUUGACUGCUAUACUUGCGGCAAAUAAAGUAUUUAUGUAAGGACGACUAUAAUAAAAAAGUUAAAGCAUUGAUCCCUUGAAUUUUGAUGUCCUCUUUCAGAGAAGGCGUUAUUUAAAAUAGAUUUUGGAAAAUAGGAAUCGUUUUCCAAUUUAAGGCUAAACGGGUUGUUGUAAAUGGAAGGUCUAAUAGCAAAAUUUUAUUUUGACAGGAUCUUAAAAGCUAAGUUUUUACUAGCGGGUAGCUGGUUCUGUAGCCACUGGUAAAGUAAGGAGGAUAUUAAAUAACAAUACAGUUUAUGGACUUACAUUUCAAUUACCAUACUUUCAAUUACUCUUUUUUCAUCCGCUGAUGCGCUGAUGAUUACUUAUCAUCUUAUUUUAGUUCUUUUAACAACUAAAAGACCUCAGGUUCCGGGAAUGGUACGAUGUAUCAAUAUUCUUAUCAAUUUUGUUUCCUUUUUUCUUGUAGGUUGUUAUUAAGGAAUUUACUUCUUGCGUUUCUAAACAUCACGGGAGAGCCAAGCCACGUUGUAUAAAGGAAUUGGGAAUGAUGCUCCAACACCUUCCCGCAAUGAAAAGGAAGCAAAUUGUAAGUUCCGGCUAUAAGCAUGCAUGCACUGCAGUUUCUAAUUGAUUUAUCAAUGGCGUGACUUCUGGCGGGUUAACCCAAAGCAUGUAUCGUGUCUAUUUCAGGAGUACCCAACGAGUGUUUUCUUUGAAUUAUCUGUUCGGAGAAUCAAACUUGCCCAUGAUUUUCCAUUGCUUGAGGACGGCUAGAAAUUUCUAGAUGACCGUUCUGUUCAAGGAAAAAUUUUCGAAGCUUAUCUGAUAAAUUCCCUAAGAUUUUCUGAGGUUUAAUUUUUCACAUUUUACUCUCCAUCUUAGGCUUAUUUUCGUACAAAAUGGAAAUCUAAACUUUUCGGAUUCAAAAAUAAGAUGGAUAGAUGAAUACUAAAGAGCAAUUCUCACUUUCGUAAAACGUUCAAUUGCAUCUAAAACUCUCGGGAAAAUAAUACUGAAGCCCUUGUAAUUUCGAAAAGACUUAAGUUAUCCUUGAAUGAUCGAACAGAUACAAAUUUUACAGCGCCGCUUAGGAUGCAUUUCUAGAGAUCUAAAACUACUCUGGAUAGCCUAAAAAGAGUUUUCAAUGUCUUUCGGAGGAAACCAUCUUUAGUUGCCCCUGCUACUUUAAGCCCUAAGAGUGAUCAGCAUCAAAUUUCUCCUUACAAUAUCAAUGUUUGUAAAACAGAGUGCUCAUGAGAAUUACGGACAUGAUCACACAAGAUGAAUUUGCUUGAUAUUUUAUCAACUUCUCUCCACUACUUCUGUAGGAGAUGAAUGGGUCAACAAAUGAGAAUUCAAAUUUUGAUCCUGAAAUGAAUCAGGAAAUCAUUUUGAUUUAUCACAGAUCAGAUGAUUGCAUAGUAGGGGCGGAUGUGCAAGAAUCAGUUCUUAACUGCAUGGGACAAAACGCUUUCUCGGUUAAAACUCUGUUACAGCAUACCUUUUCCACCCUUCUUGGCCGUGGCAGGUCAUUUUCUCGUAAACUUAAUAAUCUUAACUUAGAUCCUUCUAUGCGAUCCUGCGAUGGACUGAAAAAACAAAUUUUCUCAGCUCUUGGUCGUCCGAUUACCACUUAUGUUUCUUAAGAGUGAAAUGGCUUCUGAAAAAAAAGAAAACAGAUAGCAGGACAUGGCGGCUUUCAGUGAUAGUGAAGGAUAUCCCCGAGGGGGGCGGGGGCACUCAACGAAGUUUUAUACGGGGAGGCUCCGCCUGGAGGUCCAACCCCUUAGCCUCCUUAAUGUGCCCUCUUUUGAUAAAUGGUACCCCUUUAACAUUCCUAGUUUAGAAAAUUGCAUCGAUUUUUACAGCUGUAAAUGCACUGUCUCUUAAAUAUGAAUAAACCACGAAACCACGAAGUUUUCUUGACUUCUACACGGCAAUAAAAUGCAUUUAUUAGCCCUUUGAAUCCUUUUGCACCAAAACUGAGUAAAUAACAAUUUCUUUACCCUAUCGUAUCUUUCAACUAGUGAAACCCCUACCCCCUUUGUUAACCCUUUUGACUCAUUUCACACCAAUACAGAGUAAAUAACAGAUUUCUUUACCCUAUCAUAUAUCUUAACAAGUGAAACCUCUACCCAUUCAUAUACCUAGAGCCUGAAAAAAGGAACCCCCUUCUGGCGGAGCCACCCCGAUUACUAUAGGGAGUACCCCCGGGUUUGAUAUAUAUGUAUUUUUAUUAAAAACCGAAUCAUUAGAUAAUGCUAUUCUAGAGCUCUGAUUGGGUUAGCCAUCAUGGUACAUGAGCCACUAUAUCACGCUCUCCAAAUAUGGUUACUGCACGCGUCUGCUCAAAAUUGAAAACAAGAUGAGAAUCGGUUGGUUUUUGGGCGUUUUUAAUAAAACAAUUAUUCCACUCGUGCUUGUUGGAUAUGAAAUAAUCAUAGGAACAUAGGAUUAGAGCGCUAUAGAAAUAAAGUUAUUAUUAUUUAUUAUUAUAGCCAACUCAUAUCCAACGCGCACUCGUGGAAUGAUUGUUGAAUACACUACAAAGCAUUAUAAGGACCACUUUAAUUCGAGAAAGAGAUAGGGAUCUGACCAUUUGCUUGGCCUUAGUCAUUUAGUUUCAAAGUAGUCCCUUGAAUACCCUGCGAGCAGAGUGUCCUUCUGUCUACUUUGAAGAGGAGAAGAAAAGCGAAAAGGGGCCUUUGCCUGAAUCGCGUCAAGCCUUUUGAGGUCGCCGCAGCCCAAACGUCUUGACUAAUCAAUCUUGUUCUUUCAAACGGUUCUUUCAAACUGGUUUUACGAGUGCAAGCAUUCGUUUAUUGAUAAACCGAUGGUCAUAACUGAGCCCGUUGAACCAAGCGCGCGGCUAUUAGGCCUGGGUUCGGAAAUGUAUCCUAGCAACAUGCAGCGCAUGCUCAGCAAAGAUCAAAUCCGAUUCAGGCAGAGUCUUUAUCGAGUACACCAAUCAAGCAAGCCAAAGAAAGAUUUUGUAGGCAGGGUGCCCCUUGAGUUGAGCAUAAAAAAGAUCAAAUACGACAGCAUUAUACCUUCUGUUGAUUUGAAAUUCUGUGAUGAGUAUGUUGUAAAAAGAUUUUUUUCCUUUUUUUUUUUAGAUUAAAUGCGUCAAAGACGCAUUUCGCCCAUGCCGCAAACAACCGAAGGGUCGCGAAUUCGGGGAGUGUAUGAAAGCCAUUAAAAAAUGCUUGCCUUACGAAGAAGAAGAAAUGGCUGGUUCAGGUUGGGCCCGCUGA